UGACACAUGUAUACAAGGUUUAUGUAAAGGUAAUCUAGAACACACGUGUAUUUAUAGAUUUCGUGGGUAAUGUAUGAAUAUACGAGCAAAUGUUUCAUACGGUGAAUUAAUAUGGCGAAAUUAGGUUUAAUUCUGUACCUGAUCGGAUCAUUCUUUCAAUACGGAUUUUCACUGUUUAUAGACGGUUGUCCAAUGGCUGGAUGUAGACCAAGUGGCUCAUUCUCGUUCUAUCUUCAAGUUCCGCGAGAAAACGUCUCGAUUAAAUGGCUUACAGAUUUCGUGUUAGAUCCUCUCCCAAGUGCAUUAGGUUGUGUGUCUGACAGUGUCAACAUAAUAUGUCCAUCUAACGGACCAUUUUCCGAGGAUAAAGGCUAUAUGAGUUUGUUCAAUGAAAAUGGAACAAUUAAAUGGAGGGACCGAAAGCUACACUUUCCUACCUUACCGUUGCUCGACAACUACGGUGACGUGACGGGAUCAGAUGGAAUUAAGCUAGUGCACUACGAUGCUGAUGGUAAAAGCUAUCCGUCAAUCCCUUGCGAAGGACUUGCUCCAUUAUUUAACAUGGCCCUUGUUGGGAACACGUUUUUGUUGCUCGUAUCACAGAACGGAAUGGUUGUAGUGCGUGAAACUAACGGAGUACCAGUAGGAAGUUUAACACUGAACGCUACAUUUGGGGGAAUCAAUGGAACCUAUCUACCAAUAGCCCAACCUGUCAUCAACGAGCAACGAUUCUAUCUUUUGACCGAAUUUGCACCGCUACAAGGGAUUACUAGGAACACAAAACGCAAUCGUCGCUUGUACGCAAUUGAUGUACAUCAAAGUAUUUCAAAUCGUAUUACAAUAGCAUGGCACGUGGACUUUCAAAACAAACAUAAACUUACUAAUAAAACUCAAUAUAAGGACACGAACUAUGUUAUUAAAAGUGAUGCAAUGCGAGAACAUGUUCUUGGCGAUACUGUUACCAAUAGAAAGGCCUCUCUUAUUUGGAACAGGUACAAUAAUACAUUAUACGUGAUUAUACCACCAAACAAUGCUGAGAACGACUCUCCAAAUAUUUUGUCUGGAAUUCAUGAUAAAGGCGGAGAUGGGGAGAUUAUUUUUCAGUCGCGACUUGACGUAUUACAUAUGGCAAUGUUCGUUUCUGACCACUGUGACACCAUCGAUGAAACCAAAUACAGCGCGAUAAACCCGAAAUUGUGGGUUGUUACCCAAGAUUCUAAAAUUCACCAGAUAUCAGAAGAAGGAGUGUCCGUGCAUGUCAUAGAUUUAAAUUACUUGUUUAAUAUUUCUGUUUCGUUGACAACCAAAAUGUCAUUAGUAAAAAAUUCUGAUACGGAUAACGAUGUUCUGAUAUUUGGUAUCAAAUAUAAAAUAGGAUAUCCAAACGUGAUCCGAGAGAAUGAACAAACUACGUUCGUUGUUGCGAUCGAUACCUCUACAAACAAGGUCCUGUGGAUGGUGCCUAUUCCGGAAAACAUGACAGCACGUGGACAAAUAACAGGAGUUAGUGGAGCAGAUAUGCGGGAAAAAGACCAGUUAAUUGUAUAUGCAGAGACUGCAGGCAAAAAUGCAAAAAUAUUCAGUAUAAAUUAGAUACAUUUUUCAUUGCAUGUAUCUUACUUUAAACAAACAGUGUUUACUUUAUGUUUCUUUGAUUACGGGUAUUCUUCAUUUCUUAGUCAAUGUUUGUUUAAAUGUUGAUUCAA